CCACCACCACCCCACAAGCCGGGCGGGGUCCAUCUCCCUCACGAGCUCCCCCAAAAUCCUCCGCUCUCCGCUACUGCGCUGCGCACAGAGAUCAAUCAGUCGACCGACAAUGGCGGUUCCCACGCCGCAGCGCCGUCUCCUGGCGGCCGCCAUGGCCCUGCUCCUCGUGCUCGCCUCGUCCGGCGCGGUGGCGCGCGCGGGGAUGAGCGGGCCGAUCAAGACGGUGGUGGUGGUGGUGAUGGAGAACCGGUCGUUCGACCACAUGCUGGGGUGGAUGAAGCGGCUGAACCCGGCGAUCGACGGCGUGACGGGCGCCGAGUGGAACCCGGCCAACGCGUCGGACCCGUCGGCGGGGCCGCGGGUCUACUUCGGCGACGGCGCGCAGUUCGUGGACCCGGACCCGGGGCACUCGUACCAGGAGAUCCGGCAGCAGAUCUUCGGCUCCGACGACGCCACGGGACCGCCGCGGAUGAACGGGUUCGUGCAGCAGGCGCGGUCCAUCGGCGGGGGGAACAUGACGGACGCCGUGAUGAACGGGUUCGCGCCCGACAGCGUGGCCGUGUACCGGGAGCUGGUGGCGCAGUUCGCGGUGUGCGACCGGUGGUUCGCGUCCGUGCCGUCGUCCACCCAGCCCAACCGCCUCUUCGUCCACUCCGGCACCUCCGGCGGCGCCACCAGCAACAACCCAGAGUUGCUGGCCAAGGGGUACCCGCAGAGGACCAUCUUCGACAACGUGCACGACGCGGGCCUCUCCUUCGGCAUCUACUUCCAGGACGUGCCGGCGGUGCUCUUCUACCGCAACCUCCGCAAGCUCAAGUACAUCCUCAACUUCCACCCCUUCCACAACGCGUUCCGUGACCACGCUAGCCGCGGCUCCCUGCCCAACUACGCCGUCAUCGAGCAGCACUACAUGGACUCCAAGGACCACCCUGCCAACGACGAUCACCCUUCGCACGACGUCUACCAGGGCCAGAUGUUCGUCAAGGAGAUCUACGAGACGCUCCGCGCCAGCCCCCAGUGGAACGAGACGCUCAUGGUCCUCACCUACGACGAGCAUGGCGGGUUCUUUGACCAUGUGCCCACCCCUGUCGAUGGUGUGCCGAGCCCCGACGACAUCGUCGGCCCGCCCCCAUACAACUUCACGUUCAACAGGUUGGGAGUGCGUGUCCCGGCCAUCUUGAUCUCUCCAUGGAUUGAGAAGGGAACAGUUAUGCAUGGGCCGAAUGGAAGCCCAACCCCGACGUCACAAUUCGAGCAUUCUUCGAUCCCCGCAACCGUGAAGAAACUGUUCAAUCUGCCACAGGAUUUCCUGACCAAAAGGGACGCAUGGGCUGGGACCUUCGAAGGCGUCGUGCAAACCAGAACUGAACCGAGGACAGAUUGUCCAGAGCAACUCCCGACGCCGACGAGGAUCCGGCAGACGGAGGCGAACGAGGAGGCGAAGCUGAGCUCGUUCCAGCAGGAGAUCGUGCAGCUGGCGGCGGUGCUGAACGGCGACCACCAGCUAAGCAGCCUGCAGGAGAGGAUCAGGGAGAGGAUGAACGUGAGGGAAGGCACCUCCUACAUGAGGAGCGCCGUGCGGCGCUUCUUCGAGGCUGGCAUGUCUGCCAAGAGGAUGGGCCUCGCCGACGACGAGCAGAUCGUCAAGAUGAGGCCCUCCCUUACCACCAGAAUGACCUCCUCCCCUGCAGAUCAAGAUGAUAGUCCGUAGAGGGCACAGACCGACGCAUACAUACCAUACAUAGGAUGAAGAUUGAUGUUGGGAUUAACAAAAUUCCUAGUACUACACAUACAUACAUAGAAGAUCGAUCGACCAGAGUAGCGUAGCCAGUGCGAUAUGGUGUGCUCGUGCUACAGUACAUCGAAUGGAAGUGAUGUAGGAUGGAUGGAUGAAUGAAUUUGGUAUCCAUGUAUGUGCAUGCCGGCCAAUGGUCGGCCUAGAAAGAGAGACUGCACAAGGAA